AGCUCACCCAACUCCGCACUCUGAUCUCUCCUCUCUCCUCUUCAGCAAGUCUCUCAAUCUCCUUUCUUUGAAAGCAAAUGGUUUUUGCUGGGCUGGGGUUCAAUUAUUACAGAGGAGAUUAGGGACGGACGGAUCAUCAUUUCAACUUUCAAGCCCCAUAAUUACAAAGUGGCAGGGCAGGGCAAAGUUAAUAUUGCUCAACGGAGAAUGACGUCACUUCACCCCUCCGAGCUGGACUCUGCCGCCACCGACUCCGUCUCGUCCACCCCACGCUCCGACUACCCGUCUCACGAUCUGAAUACACGUGUACGGUUCAUGUGCAGCUUCGGCGGCAAGAUUCUCCCACGGCCACACGAUAAUCAGCUUCGUUACGUCGGCGGCGAUACUCGAAUAGUUGCCGUACACCGUGCCGCCAGUUUCUCUUCCCUCCUCACCAAGCUCUCUAAACUCUCAGGACUGAGUAACGUGACGGUGAAGUACCAGCUGCCGAACGAGGACCUUGACGCUUUGAUUUCCGUCACGACGGACGAGGACGUGGACAACAUGAUAGAAGAGUACGACCGCAUAGUACAGAAUCAAAACCCCAAGUCGGCUCGGCUCCGCCUCUUUCUCUUCCCUAAAGGCGAGGACUCAACAGUUAACUCGAGAUCCUCCAGCAUCAGCUCGCUGCUCGACGGCUCGGCUAAACGCGAGCUCUGGUUCCUCGACGCGCUCAACAGCGGCGCGUCUAAUUCCUCAGUGCUCGAGCGCGGCCGCUCCGAAGCUUCCUCGAUUGUCUCCGAAGUGCCCGACUACCUGUUCGGGUUAGACAACUCCGACGAGACUCACUCGCGCGGAGAGUUCAAACCGAAACCCCGAACCGUAUUGCAAGACAACGUGUCUGCUUCGGAUCCGGGUUCUCCUGCCCCGGUUAUUACCUCGCCGUUUUGCUCGACGUCGUCUGUGCCUUCAAUUCCAUCGAUGCCGAGUCUCCCACCCGUGAAGACCCGACCCGACUCCAAUCAAGUUCUGGAGACGAAAGAUAAUCAUUCGGAGGGUUUUACAGAGACGAUUGAGCUGCCGGUACCACAAGCGACGGGGUUCUCAGCCAAUCCCGGUGUGCAUUACAUUCCGGAUCCUAAUUACCCGGGUCAUGUUGUUCGGUCAGUACCCGUUUAUUAUUACCCGGGUCCGGUUCCACCCGCAAACGUACAGGUCCAACCGGUUCCAGUUCGGAGUCAGUUUGUUCAUCAGCAAUACCCGGGUCAGAUUCCGGUGGGUUAUCAUAACCAGAUACCGGGUAUGGGUCAAGUAUAUGGUGGAGGGUUGAGGCCAGUUGGGGGAUUGGAUCCAUAUGAUGUGUCAGCUAGGGUGGUCUCUGAUGGAGUGAACCAGCACCAGCAGCAGGUGUACUAUGGAGUGAGGAAUCCGAAUGCUGCUGUGGUUUCGGCAUACAGUCCCGGUAUGGUGGUGCCAUCUUCUGGGGAAGAAUGGCAAGGACCUGGACCCGAAAUAAAUAUGGGUCGGGGCCCCAAUACAUCUUCUUGACAAUGCAAAUGCAAUGCAUGAAGGGAAAGAAGACUUAUUACUGUGAUUGAUUAAAGUGUGGUUAUUUUAUUGUUGAUGAUGAUUGCUGAGUGAGUGAUGAUACAAUUGUAAUUAGUUUUUUCAACUUGGUAUUGUGUUGAAAUUGUGAAGGGCUUUUUUUUAAAGGGAAAAAUGGUAUAGAAAAGUGAAAACUUUUGCUUUCAAAUAAUGCUUUUAUUUAGUUCCUUUGUAAAAAAGUAAAACUAAUAGUAAGAGGCUUUGUUAGAUUUUUAUAU